AGUUGCAAUAUUAAUGGGUAGUUGCAAAAUGUACAUGUUUAUUGUUAAUAUAGAAAAGUCAUCUCCAAAUGUGUGUGAUCUAAUGAUGUGAUUAUAAUAGUUGUUUAUGCUCUACAAGUUGUUAUAAGUAACAUACUUCCAAUGAAGUUUUAGAAAUAUAGCCACCACCUUUGUUUUGAGACUUCUUCUACCCAGUCUCUCUCUCUCUCUCCCUCUAUCUCUCUCUUGAUGAAGGUGACAAAUGGGAAGCAAAACCAUCAAGCUACAACCCUUGGAACCACAUCCAAAACCCUAAUACUUGUGACCCUCCUAACACUCAUCACCCUCACAGUUGUACCUCUUUACUACCCUCUCCACAAAUACCCAUCCACACAUCCUUCUACUACUACUACUACUACCUCGCCUGUGUACCACCCUCAAGACGAACUCAUCAAAAUCAAUGACAACCACCAUAAAUGUGACGUGUUCUCCGGCGAAUGGAUACGCAACCCUGAUGCUCCAUAUUAUACUAACAUGACAUGUUGGGCCAUUCAUGAGCACCAAAACUGCCAGAAAUAUGGACGACCUGAUUCGGAUUUCAUGAAGUGGAGAUGGAAACCCGAUGGGUGUGAUCUACCCAUUUUCAACCCGUAUCAGUUUUUGGAGAUUGUUAGAGAUAAAUCUUUGGCUUUUGUUGGUGAUUCUGUGGGUAGAAAUCAAAUGCAAUCCUUGAUGUGCAUGCUAUCUAGGGUGGAAUAUCCUAUUGAUAAAUCAGCGACAACUGAUGAGCAUUUCAAACAUUGGUACUAUGUCUCUUACAACUUCACUCUAGCCACUUACUGGUCACCAUUUCUUGUAAAAGCCGACGAGGCGAGUGCCGAUGGCCCCACCCAUACGGGCCUUUUCAAUCUUUACCUAGACGAGUUUGAUGAGAAAUGGACAACACAGAUAGACGGGUUUAAUUAUCUGAUCAUCAAUGCAGGCCACUGGUUUUGGCGGCCUGCAUUGUACUACGACAAUCGUCAGGUGGUUGGUUGUAGAUAUUGUCAGUUGGACAACAUCACCGAUUAUCCAAUGACAUUUGGAUAUAGAAAGGCGAUAAGGACAGCGUUUAAGGCAAUCAACAGUCGAGAAAACUUCAAGGGUAUAACGAUUUUACGAACGUUUGCACCAAUGCAUUUUGAGGGCGGCGAGUGGAAUAAUGGCGGCGAUUGUGUGAGAAAGAUGCCAUUCAAGAGCAAUGAGAUCACAUUAGAGGGUAUUAAUCUGGAGUUGUAUAUGACACAAAUUGAAGAGUUUAAAAGGGGUGAAAAGAUGGGCAAGCAAAGGGGUUUGAAGUAUAGACUUUUGGACACAACACAAGCCAUGUUAAUGAGGCCUGAUGGACACCCAAGUAGAUAUGGGCAUUGGCCCAAUGAGAAUGUGACUUUGUAUAAUGAUUGUGUUCAUUGGUGCUUACCUGGCCCCAUUGACACGUGGAGCGAUUUCCUGCUUCAUACAUUGAAGAUGGAGGGUUUGAGAUCAGCCGAAGAGAGAUCACAUCCGAGGGGGUGAAGCGAAUUGAGCCCGAAUGAAGCCCGAUAUAGGUAGAAAAACUAUUGUUGAUUGUUUUGGAUCUGAAAUUUGUAUCAAUGUUGAUUAUUCAUGAAGUGUAUGGCAUAUAUGUAUUAGGGUAGAGAUCCUGUACAAACAGUGCUAAUUAUAAGAACCGUAAGAACAGA